GCAGGGUGGAUGCGCGCAGGCGCGAUGAGGCUUCUGCGCUCCUGCCUCGCUCGCGGCCAGCUUGCAAACGCUACUCGCGCGGGCGGCCGCCCUUCAGCCACCGGCCUUACAAUAACUCGAUACACUCGAACACAAAUCGAUAUCUCCACAUUUUCAACAUAAUAUUAAGAAUCACGUGCCAAAUGAGCUAUUAACAAAAUAAAUAAAUGACAGUCGACACUAACGCGCUAACUACACCCGGUUGUAUGAUGAAUACUGUGAUUGUUGUCAGUGAAUAGUGUGCGUAUUUGUAUCAAGUUAAUUUGUAAAUGUGAGUUCACACAUGUAGCUGUUUACGCGUACAUCAUUCAGCGGCAGGAUGAGAGGAGCCAAAGCAAUUUUCCUUAUCCUCUUUUUCGGCCAUCUAUCAGCUCUUCCAGACACUAUACGUAUAGGUGGCCUCUUCCACCCUGAAGAUGAUAAGCAAGAAGUGGCGUUUCGUUACGCCGUUGAAAGAGUGAACGUGGACCGAGCAGUGCUCCCCAGAGCCAAGUUACUGGCGCAAGUAGAGACUAUCUCGCCGCAGGACAGUUUCCACGCAUCCAAACGAGUAUGUCACUUGCUACGAAGCGGAGUAGCGGCCAUAUUCGGGCCCCAGUCGGCCCCAGCAGCCGCCCACGUCCAGUCCAUAUGCGAUACCAUGGAACUACCCCACUUAGAGACCAGAUGGGACUACCGCACGCGGAGGGAAUCGUGUCUCGUUAACCUUUAUCCACAUCCAGCUGCGCUCAGCAGGGCGUAUGUAGAUUUGGUGAGAGCGUGGGGGUGGAAAUCAUUUACGAUAGUCUACGAAAACAGUGAUGGCUUAGUGAGGCUUCAAGAAUUGCUUAAAGCACAUGGACCCUCCGAGCUACCUGUGGCGGUUAGACAACUGCCAGAUUCACACGAUUAUAGGCCACUGCUAAAACAAAUAAAAAACUCUGCCGAAUCUCACAUAGUUCUCGAUUGUGCUACUGAAAGGAUACGCGACGUGCUUCAACAGGCGCAACAAAUCGGCAUGAUGUCGGAUUACCAUAGCUAUCUUAUCACUUCUCUGGAUCUUCACAGUGUUGACUUAGAGGAAUUCAAAUAUGGAGGAACUAACAUAACAGCACUUAGGCUACUCGAUCCAGAAAGGGUAGACGUACAACGAGUCGUACGCGAUUGGAUUUACGAUGAGGCGAGAAAAGGGCGGAAACUACAACUGGGACACACAACCGCAAAAGAAAACAUGACGUUUAUAAAGACGGAAACUGCUUUGAUGUACGACGCAGUACAUUUGUUUGCGAAAGCUUUGCACGAUCUUGACACAUCUCAACAAAUCGACGUGAGACCUCUCUCGUGCGAAGCUGAAGACACUUGGCCCCAUGGGUACAGUCUCAUCAAUUACAUGAAAAUCGUUGAAAUGAAAGGUUUAACUGGAGUGAUAAAGUUUGACCAUCAAGGAUUCAGGAGCGAUUUCACUUUAGAUAUAAUCGAAUUAACAAGAGAUGGGCUACAGAAAGCAGGAACUUGGAAUUCCUCGGAGGGCGUUAACUACACGAGAUCUUAUGGCGAGAAUCAAAAGCAAAUUGUCGAAAUACUGCAAAAUAAAACACUCAUCGUAACAACAAUUUUGAGUGCACCAUAUUGUAUGAGGAGAGAGGCCAGCGAGAAGCUAACGGGCAACGCGCAAUUCGAAGGCUACGCCAUUGAUCUAAUCCACGAGAUAUCUAAAAUUCUGGGCUUCAAUUAUACAUUCAAGUUGGCUCCUGACGGUCGAUACGGGUCGUACAAUCGCGAGACUAAAGAGUGGGACGGAAUGAUAAGGGAAUUGUUGGAACAACGCGCCGAUCUCGCCAUUGCAGACCUCACCAUUACUUACGACAGGGAGCAAGUCGUCGAUUUCACGAUGCCAUUCAUGAACCUCGGCAUCUCCGUGUUGUACCGCAAGCCGAUCAAACAACCGCCAAAUCUGUUUUCAUUCCUGUCCCCGCUAUCUUUAGACGUCUGGAUUUAUAUGGCAACUGCGUAUUUAGGCGUCUCCGUUCUGCUCUUCAUAUUGGCAAGGUUCAGUCCGUACGAGUGGGACAGCCCCAGGAACUGUCUUGACGAGCCGCCGGUGCUGGAGAAUCAGUUCACUUUGUUGAACUCGCUGUGGUUCACUAUCGGAUCCUUGAUGCAGCAAGGUUCGGAUAUCGCACCGAAAGCGGUGUCAACGAGAAUGGUGGCUGGAAUGUGGUGGUUCUUCACUUUAAUAAUGAUUUCUUCGUAUACUGCCAACCUGGCUGCCUUUCUCACUGUAGAAAGGAUGGACUCGCCCAUUGAAAGCGCCGAGGAUCUGGCUAAACAAACUAAGAUCAAAUAUGGUGCUCUAAAAGGAGGUUCCACGGCAGCCUUUUUCAGGGAUUCAAACUUCUCGACGUAUCAACGUAUGUGGUCGUUCAUGGAAUCAGCUCGACCAUCGGUAUUCGCCAGCAGUAACAAGGAGGGUGAAGAGCGCGUGGUACGAGGCAAAGGAUCUUACGCAUACUUGAUGGAAUCGACCACUAUCGAAUACGUGGUAGAGAGGAACUGCGAUCUUACUCAAGUAGGGGGAAUGCUUGACUCUAAAGGAUACGGAAUUGCUAUGCCACCAAACUCGCCGUAUCGCACUGCUAUAAGCGGGGCCGUUUUGAAACUACAAGAAGAAGGAAAAUUGCACAUUCUCAAAACUAAAUGGUGGAAAGAAAAACGCGGCGGAGGUUCUUGUAGGGAUGAUACGUCGAAAUCGUCGUCGACAGCGAACGAAUUGGGCCUCGCGAACGUGGGUGGCGUGUUCGUGGUACUGAUGGGAGGAAUGGGCGUCGCAUGCGUGAUAGCCGUGUGUGAGUUCGUGUGGAAAUCACGUAAGGUCGCCGUCGACGAGCGGGCGUCACUGUGUUCGGAGAUGGCGUCAGAGUUGCGUUCGGCGCUGAAGUGCCCGGGUAGUGCUGGUGGUGGAGCCGGCAGUGGUAGCGCGAGGGACGGGGCUGGUUCCCCCUACCUCCACUAUGGGUUCAGUACAAAGAGCCAGCUGCACUAGCGCCCGGCAUCCGCCUCGCCGCCUAGCGAUGUAUGAGAAUCCAUCCUCUGUGGUGAAGGUGCGGAGUGACGGACUAAGAGUCCUAUGUAGACUUGAAUCAGAUAUGAAACUUAAUUGGAACGAACUGUGCGUACUUUAUACAAAUACUGGUCUAAUUGUAAAUGAUUUGAAAGUGUUUCGAUGGACAUUAAGAAUAGAAACAUGGUGAAAUGUAAGCUUAAUGAUACAUACAAUAAUAUACGCGGUAUAUUUCUGAUUUAGAUCGCUGUUUCAAUGUACUUUUAAUGAUAAAUUGAUCUGUUGUGUGAGUUUAUGGAUGUAGUUUAUAUUGUAAAUAAUUCAUAUCUAAAGAUCUAGUUAUGAUAUAAUAUUGUCAUUGUGACUUGCAAUAUCAUAAAAAUAGAUAAUAUAUUUCGAAUUAAGUGUAAAGUUGUGAAGUAAUAUUCUCAUGCCAAAUAAAAUCCUUGUGCCAAUUAAAUUUAUUUAUAUUAAAAAUGAUUUAAACGACUAUUGUUUUUAUAUACCUUGUUUGUAACUGCUAAUUUAUAAGAAAUAUGCCAAAAUUAGAUUAUCAUAUUGAUGUUUUAUAAAUAAAAAACAUUUAGGAUAUAAAAUAACAUUUAAUUAAAUAGUUAGCUAAAUUAUUAUUAACAGAUAUGCCGUUUUAACAUUGCGAUACUCACAACCAACUCAAUAUCUGCGGGAAUCUACUAAAAUAAUGCAUUUUAGGGAAAACUUUGUAUUCCUUAUAAAAUGCUCAUUAUAUUUGUAAAUACACGAAAACAUUAUACUUGUCUAUAAGAACAUUUACCUCACACUACUCUAGAAAUGAGUGACUUUAAAGACAACUGCGAUAAAGGCCUACCAGUCUAUGCAGAAUUAAAAUUUCCGUCAACUUAAUAUAUGUACUCGCAGACCACCAAGUAUUCGACUGAAAUAUUGUAUACGAGUAUCGUAAUAUAAGAACGGCGUUCAAUUUGUAAAUAACAGAUUAUUUCAGUACAGAUGAUACUGCAUAUAUAAAUUAGCGAACUUGCUUUUAUAUUUAAGUUCAAUGUUAUGAAUGGUAAAGUUUAUUUCUUGCCUAAUAAAUUAAAAUAUAUUUAAAGUAGAUAUAAGUGAUGUUAGCUAAAAUUGACCACAUUGUUUAGUGUUAACAAGUUUAACUAGUCUCGUCUCAAUCUUUCACUGAAGUGAAACCAAAGAUUUGUAAUGGCUCAACCCGUGCCAAAGAUUCUUGGUCUAUUCUGUAAUACGUUUUGUAAGUUACA